CCCCUGGUUCUAUCUAGCCUUUGACGGACCUCUAUGACUAGCGGCGGUAGUGUUUGCAGGGAGAAACUUGGGCAGCGCAUGCGUAAUGGUCACUACAAGAGCUAGUAGUAUGAAGCGCAAGUUCAUUAGAUCUCCCUGUGCCUUGGUGUACGGCGCAUGUGCAAUACCGGUCCUCUCUUAGUCUUUCCAGCGAGCGGGAAGUGCGCCUGCGCGUCAAGCCUCCUUUCUUACCAAGCCUAAGCUGCAGCUUUAUCGGCAACAUAGGGGCGGAGAAGAGCAUCAGCCGUGCAUUGCACCAGCAGGAGCAACAACGGUAGCUGGAAUCAGAUAUGUCUGUUGCUCCCAUUCGUCUGAAUGCCUCUUUUAGGACGUACAGGAGUCCAAAUAUAUUUGCGCCCACCUCCAGUGUUAGCACUAUCACCGCCUCCGCUGCCAGGAUGGACUGCUGAAUUGGGAAGCAUCACAGACCUGGUCAUACAACCCGAAUGAUCCGCUCUCUGCUUUAUUUAUCUAUUACUAGUUAUUUUAAAUUGAACUUUUAAUAACCUGCCAGCUGCUCUUCAGACACACAUGGUGCAUUGUUGCCAUUCCCAGAAUCACAUCUUUGAAAUCCAGGCCCUUGGUAACCUUCGUCGAACAAAGAGGCGACCUAGAGAAUACAUCUGCAGCAGGACUUUUCAAACCUGCUGCCCUCUAGCUUCCCCGUUGCCUGUGCUGUUUCUCUAGCACAUUAUGGAGCCCACAAUGGAGUAUUGCUUGGUCCAGGUUCUGCAGAAAGAUGUUGGGAAGAGACUUCAGGUUGGCCAAGAACUGAUAGACUAUUUCUCAGAUAAACAGAAAUCUGCUGAUCUUGAGCAUGAUCAGACCAUGCUGGAUAAAAUGGUUGAUGGUCUAGCUACCUCGUGGGUAAAUUCUAGCAAUUAUAAGGUUGUCCUGCUGGGCUUGGACAUCUUAUCUGCGCUGGUGUCACGGCUCCAAGAUAGAUUUAAAGCCCAAAUUGGCACAGUGCUACCAAGUUUAAUUGACAGACUAGGAGAUUCAAAAGACUCAGUGCGAGAGCAGGAUCAGGCACUGCUGCUAAAAAUCAUGGAGCAAGCUGCUAGCCCUCAGUAUGUUUGGGACCGGAUUUUGGGAGGAUUCAAACACAAGAAUUUCCGGACGAGAGAAGGAAUUUGCCUCUGCCUUAUUGCAACGCUCAAUGCAUCUGGGGCUCAGAGUUUAACACUGAGCAAGAUUGUGCCACAUAUAUGUAAUUUACUUGGAGAUCCAAACAGUCAGGUUCGUGAUGCAGCAAUAAAUAGCCUAGUAGAAAUCUACAGACAUGUAGGUGAACGUGUAAGGGCCGAUCUCAGCAAAAAAGGAUUGCCACAGUCUCGGUUGAACAUAAUUUUUACAAAAUUCGAUGAGGUCCAGAAAUCAGGAACCAUGAUCCAGGGAUCAGGUGAUAAAAACUUUGAUGAUGAUGACUCCGUGGAUGGGAACAGGCCUUCCUCAGCCAGCUCCUCAACAUCUUCAAAGGCUCCAUCAACCUCUCGAAAAGGUGGAAUGGGGUCUGCUCGCAGGGUUGGAACAACAGCUCUGAUCUCUAAAGCUCCAGUGACUAAAGAAGGAGCUGGUGCUGUUGAUGAGGAAGACUUCAUUAAAGCUUUUGAAGAUGUCCCAACAGUUCAGAUUUAUUCUAGCCGAGAUCUUGAAGAAUCUAUAAACAAAAUCAGAGAAAUCCUGUCUGAUGAUAAACAUGAUUGGGAACAGAGAGUAGUUGCGCUAAAAAAGAUCCGGUCUUUAUUGCUGGCUGGAGCUGCCGAGUACGAUACUUUCUUUCAACACCUGCGCCUCCUUGAUGGAGCAUUUAAAUUAUCUGCUAAAGACUUACGGUCCCAGGUAGUGCGAGAGGCUUGUAUCACGUUGGGGCAUUUGUCGUCAGUCUUGGGUAACAAGUUCGACCAUGGUGCAGAAGCCAUCAUGCCAACAAUCUUUAAUCUCAUUCCCAACAGUGCCAAAGUCAUGGCCACUUCUGGUGUAGUAGCUGUAAGCUUAAUUAUCCGACAUACACACAUCCCUCGGCUAAUUCCCAUCAUCACCAGUAACUGUACUUCCAAAUCUGUUGCAGUUAGAAGGCGCUGUUUUGAAUUUUUACAUUUACUUUUACAAGAAUGGCAAACACACUCCCUGGAAAGGCAUAUAUCAGUAUUGGCUGAAACAAUAAAAAAGGGAAUCCACGAUGCUGACUCUGAAGCACGGAUAAAAGCCAGAAAGUGUUACUGGGACUUCCACAGCCAUUUUAGUCGAGAAGCAGAACACCUGUUUAAUUCAUUGGAAUCCUCAUACCAGAAAGCGCUCCAGUCUCACUUGAAGAACUCUGAUAGCAUCGUGUCAUUGCCUCAGUCUGACCGCUCCUCUUCUAGCUCCCAGGAGAGUCUCAACCGUCCGCUGUCUGCCAAAAGAAGUCCAACUGGAAGCACUACAUCACGAGAAGCGACGUCAGAGCAGCAGCAUCAGUUAGUUCAAAAUAAAGGGUUGAGUGGAGCCUCGACAGCAAGUGCGAAAUCUGUGUCAGCAUCAGGGUCUCUCCAGCGUUCUCGCAGUGAUAUUGACGUGAAUGCAGCAGCCAGUGCCAAAUCAAAAGUAACUUCUUCUGGAUCGGAUGCCCCCUUCAGCUCUGCUUCAGCCUUGCCCCCAGGUUCAUACGCAUCUCUAGGUCGGAUCCGCACUAGGAGGCAAAGCUCAGGAAGUGCCAGCAAUAUCACUUCAACACCUGCUGACACUCGAGGCCGCAGCCGGGCUAAAGUAGUUUCACAGUCCCAGCCUGGCAGUCGAUCCAGUUCCCCUGGCAAGCUGUUAGGAAGUGCAUAUGGAGGACUGAGCAGUGGAACAACCAGAGGACACCCAUUGCCAUCACCUGCUGACAAACGCAGCAAGGUCCCUCGAAGCCAAGGCUGCAGCCGAGAGACCAGUCCAAACAGGAUAGGGCUAGACCGGUUUGGGCUCGGACAGCCAGGCAGGUUGCCUGCCUCUAUGAAUGCAAUGCGAGUCCUCAGCACAAGUACAGAUCUGGAGGCUGCUGUGGCAGAUGCACUGCUCUUAGGAGACUCCAGGAGCAAGAAAAAGCCAGUGAGACGAAGGUAUGAGCCAUAUGGGAUGUAUUCUGAUGAUGAUGCAAACAGCGAUGCAUCAAGUGCUUGCUCAGAGCGCUCUUAUGGUUCCCGAAAUGGAGGCAUCCCACACUACUUGCGACAGACGGAGGAUGUGGCUGAGGUCUUAAACCACUGUGCAAGUUCCAACUGGUCUGAGAGGAAAGAGGGACUAAUAGGCCUACAGAACUUACUGAAGAGCCAGAGGACACUGAGCCGAGUUGAGUUGAAAAGGCUGUGUGAGAUCUUCACGCGCAUGUUUGCUGACCCCCACAGCAAGGUUUUCAGCAUGUUUCUUGAAACCCUGGUAGACUUCAUCAUUAUUCACAAGGAUGAUUUGCAGGAUUGGCUCUUUGUCCUUUUGACACAGUUACUCAAGAAGAUGGGAGCUGAUUUACUGGGAUCAGUACAGGCAAAAGUGCAGAAAGCUCUGGAUGUAACAAGGGAUUCUUUUCCAUUUGAUCAACAGUUUAAUAUUUUGAUGAGGUUUAUUGUAGAUCAAACUCAAACACCAAACCUUAAGGUAAAAGUAGCAAUUCUGAAGUACAUCGAGUCCUUGGCCAGACAGAUGGACCCAACAGAUUUUGUAAACUCUAGCGAGGCAAAACUCGCUGUUUCUAGGAUCAUUACUUGGACGACAGAACCAAAGAGCUCAGAUGUGAGAAAGACCAUGCAUAGUUGGGUAGGUGAGGAUAUACCAGCUAGAUCAACAGCAGCCUCGUCAGGUCCUGGUGAAGGAAACUUGGAAGAGAAGUGUAAACAGGCAGCACAAAUAGUCCUGAUUUCUCUGUUUGAACUGAACACUCCUGAGUUUACCAUGUUACUUGGUGCCUUGCCAAAAACAUUCCAGGAUGGUGCUACCAGGCUGCUACAUAACCACCUCAAGAACUCCAGUAACACUAGUGUGGGUUCCCCUAGCAAUACAGUUGGCCGAACUCCUUCACGUCAUCCUAACAGCAGAACCAGCCCCUUAACUUCACCUACCAACUGUUCUCAUGGAGGACUAUCCCCAAGUCGUUUCUGGGGUUGGAGUGCAGAUGGGCUGUCGAAGCACCCCCCUCCCCUUUUUCAGCCUAACUCCAUCCCCGCUGCUCCUUCUCACAAGACUUUCAGGCGCUCUUACUCUCCCAGCAUGCUGGACUAUGACACGGAGAACCUAAAUUCUGAUGAAAUUUACAGCUCUCUUCGUGGAGUCACUGAAGCAAUUGAAAAGUUUAGUUUUCGAAGCCAAGAGGAUCUAAAUGACCCAAUAAAACGUGAUGGAAGGAAGGACAGUGAUAUUGUUUCUCGAGAUGGUGGGUUAGCCUCACCAGCCACUGAUGUGCGUGGAAGCAGUGAUGUUGUGGAAGGAGGAAGAAUGGCGCUAGACAACAAAACGUCCCUACUCAACACCCAGCCCCCACGUGCUUUUUCAGGACCCCGAGCCCGGGAGUAUAACCCUUACCCACAUUCGGAUACUAUCAGCGCCUAUGACAAGAGUGCCCUUAAGGAGGCUGUGUUUGAUGACGAUAUUGAUCAGCUUCGGGAUGUGCCUAUUGAUCAUUCUGAUUUGGUGGCCGAUCUUUUAAAAGAGUUAUCCAAUCACAAUGAGCGAGUAGAAGAACGGAAAGGAGCCCUUCUUGAGCUACUGAAGAUUACAAGGGAAGACAACCUGGGAGUUUGGGAGGAACAUUUCAAGACCAUUUUGCUUUUGUUGCUUGAAACACUUGGAGACAAAGAGCAUUCAAUAAGAGCCUUGGCAUUGAGAGUGUUGCGAGAAAUCUUGAGAAACCAGCCUGCAAGGUUUAAGAACUAUGCUGAACUAACUAUCAUGAAGACUCUGGAAGCACAUAAAGAUUCUCACAAAGAGGUUGUGAGAGCUGCCGAAGAAGCUGCUUCCACUCUGGCCAGCUCCAUCCACCCUGAACAGUGCAUCAAAGUGCUAUGCCCCAUCAUUCAAACAGCUGACUAUCCAAUUAAUCUGGCUGCUAUUAAAAUGCAGACUAAAGUUAUUGAGAGGAUCUCAAAGGAGUCUUUGCAUCAACUCCUUCAAGACAUCAUCCCUGGAUUGUUGCAGGGCUAUGACAAUACAGAAAGCAGUGUUCGCAAAGCCAGUGUAUUUUGCCUUGUAGCAAUCUAUUCUGUUAUUGGUGAAGAACUGAAGCCUCACCUGGCACAGCUCACUGGGAGCAAGAUGAAGCUCCUCAACUUGUACAUAAAGAGGGCCCAGACCACCAACAGCAACAGCAGCUCAUCUUCAGAUGUUUCCACGCACAGUUAAUGGAGAUCUUUGGACAUGCCUGUAGACAUAGAAGCAGUCAGCUGUGCCUCUCAGAGACCCUCCCCUCAGCAGCACGCUCCACUCCACUGACAGAGGCCACACAGAUAUUUAUUGCAAUCAGUAUUUUUAGUCCUUUUAAAAGCUUUUUAUGGUAGGAUAUUCUUGGUAUUGAAUCUAAAGGAAGCAAGGCCUGGGUUGCAGUCUUCAUUUGAAAAAGGGCAGUAGGAUGCUAUAGUUCAACACACUUCACUGGCAUUUCUUAAAAGCUGAAAAGCUUCUUGGGCUACAUAACACUUCAGGCAUUUUGAAUCAACAGGAUUUCUGCUGUAUUGACAGUUUAGGUCAUAUCUGACUCAGUCAUACUCAAAGUAGACCCACCAAAAUCAGUGGGCUUCAGUUAAUCAUGUCAAUUGAUUUCAUUGGGUCUACUCUGAGCAUGACUUAGCUUGAUUCAAUCCGUUGGGUUUAUAUUUAGCUUGAUUUAGUCCUUUGGGUUUAUACUAGGCCAGCAUUUCCCAACUAGUGGGCCAUCAGAUGUUGUUGGACCACAACUCCCAUCAGCCUCAGCCAGCAUUGCCAAUGGUCAGGAAAGAUGGGAAUUGUGGUCCAACAACAUCUGGUGGCCCACUAGUUGGGAAAGGCUGUACUAGGCAGUAUUUGUAACGGUCAAAUAUCUGACCAGCUCCUUCAGCUUCUCUAAUAUCUCAAAUGUAUCAUUGUUUUAGAGCUGAAGUUAAAAUUUGGAAUGAUCUGAGUUUUUCCAGGAGAAUCCCAUACAGGCUACAAGAUCAGGCCCCUCAACUAGCUUUUUUAUUUAUUUAUUUACAUUUUUUAUACUAGUCAUCUGAGCGGCACUGGUCAUGGAAACUCGGCAGCAAAUUUGAAAUGGUGCUGCUUAAAAAGGGCAGACACAGUAGUCUACUAUGGCUAAUUUAAGACUUGCCUCUCUGUAGACCAUUCAGUUACCUGUUUCUCCUCAGCAUGUGUUUUAAUUUUUUUUUUUUAAUUUUUAAAAUUGCAAAAUACUAUAAUAUAGUCUUGCUUCUUACUCUAAAGGAGGUUCUGCCUACAUGGCAAGAGUCAUUCUUACUCUGCUUUUCAUGUAUUUUUUAAAAACAGAACUCUGUUCUGUUACAGUAUUUGCUAGGAAUUGAAUUCCUUCUGUAACUGUUUUAUCUAGCUUUAUGAAAUAUGUUAGUAUGCACUGAGAGUGAAUGCACUGUGAUAUCUCUGAACUGGUUAAGCAUCAACACUCGCCAUCAAAGGAACUGACAACUUCUUAGAAAACAUAUGUGAAAUUUGCUACUACUGCUGCUUCAACUCUCAGUAAGAAAUUUGUACUUUCCAAAGCUUGAUUGGCUUUCUGGGAGCUGCAACUCUGACAACCAGGCCUUUCUUUCUUAAUAAAAUACUGCUUUUGUUUGUCAACAGAUGUCCCUUAGUGUGACACUUGUUCUGUUAACAACCACCCAGUCAUCAAGAGUUCCCUGUCCUUCGAAUACUCCAGGAGUAUGUCUUCCCCCCUACCAACCACCAUGCAAUCUGGUUUAUUUAUAAUCUUGUUUUGUGUGUAAUGUACAUAGUCAGUUAUUUCUCUUCUCUCUUAGUAUUUCAGACAUGACCCUGUUGCGUUAGGUUGUACCGAAAGGGCUAGGUAGUACUCAGUCUGCUGCGCCAGUCAGCUUUCUUUGAAGCUGUGCAGUCGGCAGGGUGGGGGUGUUUAAAUAUCCCAGGCACAAGGACUCUUUGGCUACCAAUCCGUACAUGCUGGUGGAGACCAAUCUGCAUGAGGUUGGUGCUUAGCUGCCAGAUUGGGGAGGGCUCCCAUCUUUUCUUAGCACUGUCCAAAUGUCUGCAGCUGCCUUUUUCCUUGCUGCCUCCUUAUGCAGGGCUUGAACUUUUCAGACCUUUUGAACGAGAGACGUUUCUUUUCUUUGUAUUCUUCCUCAUCUUCUCAUGUCCCUUUCCCUCCUCUUCCCCAGGCCUUUAUAUCUGAGAAUCUGCACAGCACAACCCUGCCUGCUGCUGGGUUGCCUUAGAUGGUGACAUACAUGCUGUCAGCGGGGCACCAAUGUCCCCAGGGCAUGAGCAGACAAACCAAUGCAACCCCUUUCAUUGUCAGAAGUACUGUAGGUCUCUUACAUAGUUCUGAAUUAACUGAGGCACAUGGCUUUCUUUUGGAAGGUACACUAUGUGUGCUUGCCUGGAUUACAGUACAACACAAGACUUUUCUAUUGCUUCCUACUAGCUUCUUAAUAACCUGUAUAAGUAAUGUAACUUGCAACAUUGUCAUAUAAAUCUUCUUUCUACCACCCUCCCAGCCCCUUUAUUUAUCAAGUGUAAUAGUUCAUAUUAAAGAACAACAGAAAUGUUUGUAGAAUGCAGCAGGACUUUGCUAACAAUAAUAAUGUUUUAAAUGGGAAGGACGGGCUUACAAAGCCACUCAAAAUAGUCGGCCAUCAGAAGCAAGUUUGUUGGCACAGUGUUCACACGCAUGUAUUUAAUUUCUAUUUUUUGGGUUGGGUUUUUUUUUUGCGCUUUUGUCAUGUUACAUCCAUACCUGUAUUUAUAUCUUAUUUGUUUCACUUUUGAGUGUAUCAUGGCAAAUGUACAGAUGUUUUUAUGUUAACAUUGACAUGAUAGAAUUUGCUAAAAAAAAUAAAAUAAAACCUUUUGAGUUUGCCCUAGAAUAAAUGAAAGUUAAAUUUAAGUCCUUAUGGGAGCCUCUUUGCAAUGCAGCUUGGUCGUAAAAGGAGAAUGACCUCCAAGAUCAUGUGGAUGAAGUGUCUGCACUGAAGCAUGAUUUCUUAAAUCCCAAAUCACAUUGAUUUACACACAUGUAAUACUGUCCAAGAUUACACCUAUUAUAGUGACAUCUUAUUCCUGUGCAGACAUUCAGAGUGGUGGCCAGGAUUGUUACUGUGGCACCAAGCUCUGCUCAGUGCUCCGAGACAUUCAUUGGAGAGCAUGUCUACAUAAUGGCCUAUAUCAGGCAUGGGAAACCUCAGGCCCGGGGACAAAAUGCACCCCCCCAAAGUCUUUAUCUGGUCCUUCAGUUUCUCCCCAGGCAAUGCCCUUGAAGACAAUUCAGAAACUUCAGCUGGUCCAGAAUGCAACAGCCAGAUUACUGGAUGCGGUUGCUUUUAGAAUUCAUAUAACCCCUGCUGUAAAUUCAUAUAACCCUGUUUGCUUUGGUUGCCAGUUUGUUUCUGGGCCCAAUUUAAGGUGCUCACAUUAGUGUUUAAAGCCCUAAAUGAAGCCCCAAAUAUCUGAGAGACUGCCUCCUUCACUAUAGCAAAGGGGGCCUUCUUGGUAGUUCCGCCACCUUCAAAAGUUCAGAGGAUGGUGGCCUGGGAGAAGGCAUUUCUGUGGCAGCCCCUAAGUUGUGGAAUUCCCUUCUCACAGAGGUGCAUUUAGCACCUUCGCUAUACAGUUUUUGGCAAAUGCUAAAGACACACCUCUUUACUCUGGCCUUUGGCACAUUUAUUUAUUUAUUGUUUGGUUUAUAUCCCACCCUUCCUCCCAGCAGGAGACCAGGGAGCCCAUAUAUGUUUUUGGGACCCACCCUAUUCCUGUGAUUGUAAUUUGUUUUAAUUGUUUUUAAUACUGAAUUUGAAACCUGCUGGAGAAAGACAGAUAAUAAAUAUAAUAAUAAUACCCCUUACCAGCCCUGCUUUGCAACUUCCUUCAGUGUUUUUGCCUGGUCGGAAUGAGACCUUGAACUCUGAUACUCCUCCUUGCUUGCUUGAAUGGAGGAGAGGGAUAUACAAGUAUGUGUAUAAACUAGCCUACUGUACAAAAGUGACAUUCACAUUUUAUGCUGUGCCUGCUUUUGCCUCUGGCCCCACCCACCGCUUGCAUGUGGCUCCCAGAAAGUUGCCCAGGUAGGCCUUGGACUAAAAAACAUUUCUUACCACUGGCAUAUCCCCCCCCCCAAAAAAAUCCUCUUGUGAUCCAUACGCUGGAAAAAAUGGGGUGUACAGAUCACAUGGUUAUGCCAACAUGUCCUCUAUAAUGAGUUUAAGGCUGCAUUCCUAACCCCAGUUACUGGGGAGUAAGCCCCAUUGAAUCCAAUAGGACUUACGUCUGAGUAGACGUGCCUAGGAUUGUGCUACAAGUGUACUACAGGCUUUGGGGCUGCCAUCAAGGUAAUAUUCGCUGCCCCCCUUUGCACAUUACUUUGAAUGUCUGCUCAGGACUCUUGCCUUUUAAAAUUCAAAGGGUUUUACUACUUGAGGGGAAAUCAUUAAUCAUGGUUCUAUGCCUUGUCACAGAUAGACACGAAUACAAAACUGGUUUAUUAUCCCAAACAUCUUGAAAUCACUGGCAGAGUAUAUCCAGAAGAACUGUCCAGUGCACUGAGAUAUUCACUGGGCUUCAAUAUGUGUUUGAAAUAAAACGGAUGUUUCAUUUCCUAUUUGUUUAAAUUAAUGUUCAGAGCUAUAUCCUUCUUCCAUUCCAAUAAUAUCUUGUAAAUACUCUUUAUUUAUAAGCUAUUAGGACUCCUCUGAUGGGAUUCAGCUUUUGUCCUGGACUUGGACAACUAAAGCAACAUUUGAUUAUCGAAACCAAAGACUCUUGAAUACUGUAACAAUUCCAGAAUUGUACGUACCUUAGUCAUUGCUGCAAAAGCUACUACAAGUCUGUGGCACCUCAAAGGCUAACAAAUUUGAUGGCUAGAGCCCACUUCAUCAGAUAUUUGAAGUGACCUGGAAAGCUGUUCAGUAUAUAUAGAUGGACAGAGAUGAAUAAAAACAACAGGUAGAGUCAAUAAAAUACAAAAGGCAGCAGUUAACUAGCUCUUGCAUUUUUGGGGGGGAGUGUCAUUUUCUCCUUGUAUAGAAACUUUGGAUUUAUGAAUUUAUUGUCUUUGCCUAUGUAUUACCUACAAACUUUGGGUGCAAAAUUUCUUCCCACAUUACAUUUGUUAGUCCGUACAGCGCUACAGAAUGUCUUGUUUCUGUAUGGGCCCCUGGGCCUCAGUAUCUAACGCCAGUCAUAUUGGUCUUUUUUUUAUCCUCUGCAGCUCAAAUCUCUAUGUGUCUCCCUAGGUUAACCAAACUGGAAGAACAGGUUGCAAGAGUCAUAUGAUCACCAGGGAGGUGGCACUUCCAAUCACAAAUUAUAAAUUAGAUUCCUAGAGAUUCUGCCUCAGUGUAUUCAAGGUUUUUAUUGACUGAUUGCACAUCUGUGCUGCCACAUAAAUAGGAUUAUC